CGUCAGAAGCUACUAAAAAUAGGAGUGUGACGAAUACAACACAUCCAGAAAAGAAAAGACCGGCCGAGGAUGCCUCUCAUGUAACCACUUCUCCUCCUAAUCUUCGGCAUCACACCCCACCGCCCCAUUAUAUCUUAGUAAGUUCCGAUAGUGAACCCGAUGAAGACGAUAAUUCGGAUAAGGAAGAAAAAUUUUGUCUUGAUAUAAAUACCGUUUCGUUUGACGAUUAUGUUGAUCAAAGUAAAAGAGAUUCCAAGUGGAAAUUACUAGAUGGUCGGCAUCUUGUUAAAGCUCUUAAUAGUAAGACUUCCGAAAUGGUUAAACUAUUUCCGAAAAAAGACAAAAAAGAGCAAACCCUAAUUGCGAAAAGUGUCAUCAGGUUAGGAUUGUCUUCAAUAAUUGAUUUAUCAUCCGAGUUCGAAGACGGAAUGUGUUCAUGGUUUGAGAAGGAUUGGGCUAAUAUUAAAAAAAAGGUUUAUGAAAUUAUUGAUAUGAAGCCGAAAGCUUUCGAGGGGGAAGUGGAAAAUGUAAUAGGCACCAUUGAAGAGGAAAAAAUGAGUGAAAUCGAAUAUGCAAUUGAGAUGAUUGCACCGAUAAUGAGCGAAAUAUUUAAUGAUACAUCUGAAUAUAUAAAUCUUCGCUGGGGAGAAACGCUUUCCAAUGUAAUGUCCGAUCGGUGUAGAAAGAUUGAUUUACAAAUCAUUCGUAUCACGGAUAAACUUGAACUAAGUCAUUCAGA